AGACACAUCCAAACAAAAACUCGCCCCUUGCGCUAUUGAAUGGUUUUUUUCGAGUUUGCGCCGGUUCGCGCUCGGCCGCCGGACCAUGUUGGAGAAACUACUACACGACGGUGCAUUUAUUUCACAUCAAAACGCAAAACAAACCACCAACUUUCCACAUCGACGAACUUGUCUUGCUUUUGAACGUGCAGCGCGACCACAAGAUUCGCCUUCCACCUCGUCCCGUAGUAACACUUGUUCAUCAAGAUCAAGAACCUCAUUUUCUUCCACCACGCUGCUGACAGCACUUGGUGAACCCUGCUCACUUCGCCGUCGUCCGGAAGAAGUAUUGCCAGCGAGCGAGUUCAUCUUGUCCGGAGGUGGAGGACAAAAAUCGACCGCAUCGGCUCUUGCUCAGCAUCUACUUCAAAGGUACAAUAAACCAGGAGCAUCUACUAGUUCUAGUACAACUCCUGCCAGCUGCACGACCUCUAGCACCACGACGACGACGACCGCACGUACUAGUUCGUCUCUCCGCGAGGGCCCGACUGAAGACGGAGCGCUCGUUCAACCUCAGCCCGUCUUCAAAAAUAAAUCUUUCGGGUGCUUGUUCAGGCCAAAAAGUUCUUCCUCGUCCAGUUCAUCGAGCAGUCGUAUUCCUCCGCCCAGAAACGACGAGGACUCCGAACAAGUAGACCAGAGGCCGUCGUGUGAAUCCGAAGACAACGGUGCCGGACGACGAGAACAAGGACCACAUCUUCGAAGACCACCUGUGGAGAAACAAGUGACUGCAGCGAUUGCUGGACGUCGGGAGCACGACGAACCAAGAAACGUACAACACGCACCACCAGGUAGAGCACUACAUCCACAAUAUCCACCUCCUUUAAUACAUCAAGAAGUUUUUGUAGAGCAGCAUCGUCAUGUCGAAAACUCGUUCCGUGGUGAUUUCGGGCGAGCGGGGGCAGCGGCCCGCCCCCCGGUUCGGCCACACGGCGACCCUUGUUGGGGACACCAGGGUGGUGGUGUUUGGUGGCUGUUUGGGCGACAUGAAAGAAUACACGAUCACGGCAGACGCGUACUCUUUGGACGUUACGAAAAAAGAGUGGAGCAAAGUCAUACCGGACCCAGAGGGUAAGACGUAGUACCUACUGUGGAUAAAGAUUUUUUAUGUGCUGUCUUGUAGAGACUAGAGAGGAGAAUCAUGAUUUGGAACGAAACAGAUACACCUUGGGGCACGUCGCUCGUAAAAUUCGUGCAGUGAGAAUGGAAAGCGAAAGCACACGAUGAAACAUAAUCAACACGACAGGCGGCCCUGCUCCGUCCGCGCGAGCGGCACACUCUGCCGCCUGCGUCGAGUUAGCGCAGUUGGUCGUUUACGGCGGCGCGACCGGUGGAGGAAGUUUGGUUUCAGACGAGCUGCACGUGCUCGACUUUAGGAAUGAAGGGAAGUCGAUGUGGCUCACCGUGCCGGUAAAGGGGCAGACGCCGGGGAGGAGAUACGGUAGUAGAAUUUUUCACGUGUUUGUUUUACAAAAUGUCGCGGUUCUUACGGUUCGUCAUCCUGAACACCACCAAGAGAUGGAGAUACCCAGCAUGAGAAAUAACGCACAUAAAAAUCUUCAUCCCGCCCCUGGUAAGUAAGAAGUACUUACCUAAGCUGCAUGACUAGAAAAAAAAUCCACCUUCUAUCAGGUCAUACGAUGGUUUUCAACAAGCCGCUCCUGAUCGUUUGCGGCGGCUCGGUCAACAACAAAUUAGAUUCCGACAUUUGGAUCCUGGAUAUGCUAGAAAAAGCUACCACUGCACCUUGCUCUUGCAUACUAAUACGAUUGCCAUGUUUACAACAAUUUGUAAUGCCGGAUGGAAUAUGGCAAAACUGCGUUCUUCUUGGAGAUAAAAAACGACCACGCUGUUGUUCAAAAAGCUGCAUACCAUGGGUGUAGAAGUUUUCUCCCUGUCUAUACUGCACGUCGAGAACUCUCCGUUUAUGUGGUCCGAAGUGAACCCAACGUGCAAGGGCAGUCCCCCGCUGUUAUUGCAACGAAAAAUCACCCUUCCCCAUAUUGAAAAGGCACCCUUCGGAAAAUUUGUGAUGCAGAUUUGUGGUCACAAAUCAUUUUGGUCUUGCAAGAAGGCAAGCGCUGGGAGAUGAGCCGCAUUAUGGGCGCGAUGUGUCAUGCUGGUUGGCCUACAGGGCACGCGUUUCCCAUGCUAUACAGCUAGACCCGUGCGCUCCUAAACAGCUUAAGUAUCUGGCCACAAUUCUUUGCAGCAAGACAGACCAAAUUUGUGUACGCAAAUCCAGCAUCAGGAAUUUCGUUUUGAUAUGGGGAGGGGGGAUUUUUCCUUUUGAUAGCUGUCACGCGUCUACCACACCGCGGAAGUGUGCCGUGAGGGACCUGCUUCCGGGAUGAUGAUCGUUUUUGGCGGGCGAAUAUGAGACGCAAAAAUGUCUGGCUCUGGAAGGAUGCAAGGUUUGUCAUGCACAUUUUGCAUGAGUCCUGAUGUCUGUGAUGCAUGCCCUAGCAUCACAGAUUUUGUGAGGGCUUUCUGAUGCCUAUACCGCAUGAGAAAUGCCCUCUCGCAAUGGAAAAAAAAGAACCUCUUUUGCUGUUCCUGCAAUACUGAUUUUUAUAGAAUCCAGCUGCAGCAUCACAAGUUCGCAUCCUUCCAGACCCAGACAUAUUUGCAAUUCAUAGCGAACGGGCGAGGGAAGAACGCAGCGCUCGCUGAAGGACAUUUGGGGCUUGAGGCAACACCGGGAUCGGAGUUGGGACUGGGUUGAACCAAAGAAGGGAGGUGGUUUCCUUUUUUACAUGAUGAAUCUGAAUUGAUCUGCGAUAGAAUAAUUUUUUGGUGUAGUUCUGGUAGCAUGGUGGAGGAUGCUAGAGACUGGCAAACAAAAAUUGGUAUUUAUUGCAUCUUUGCAGCCUUCACGCACAAUUCUGUGGUAACUACACGCACAAUUGCAAUUUGUGAGGCGAAGCAGGAUUGGUUUCUGUGUAACGAAAAUGUGGUUUCAGAGCUGUGUGAGAAUGUGGAGUACUUAACGAGGUGUAGCAGCAGCAUGUCGUGCUACAGAACAUAAAUUGUUUCGAUAUCCAGAUCUUUAGAUAAUAUCGUUUUUCCAACAACAAUCAUAUCAACAACAGCCUCCCCCGAAGCCCGUUUCCAGCACAUUGGAAUAUGCUUCAAGAAGUUUAUGCUGAUCAUCGGCGGUCGGGGCGCAGAUGUGAACAAGGCCCUUCCCACCUGCAUCUACGACACGGCCCAAUGCGAGUGGAAGACCCUGAGUGGCGCAAACGAUCGGUUCCGGACGAGUGCUUGGGUGUACGACCGGCAAAUCUACUCUUUCGGCGGGUUCGAUCACAAGGACCCAAGUCUGCUUAUGGGACGAUUCUCAAACGUUACACUCUCAACUGUUGCACGAAUUUGCAAUGCAAGAAUGGCAAAAGUGCGUCGAGGGGAACGAUUUCUAAUGCUACCUACCGCGUCGACAGCUUGUCAUGCGAGGCAGCCUGAUCAUGUAGAUAAGUACUUACUGGUGGGAAUUCUGCAUGACAAGCUCAUGCAACGCUUGAGAGUGUAACGCUUGCGAACUCCAUACUGCCCACCCAGGAGCUGAUGGCGCUGGAUUUGGACAAAGCUUUCAAGGAGGUCGGGUAUCAAAUGUAAAAAUGUCUGGGUCUGGAAACUUGUGAUGCUAAAAGUGAAUGGCAGACGGACUGCAAUACGCAGCUAUGCAUGACAAAUUUUUUGGCUCCCAUGUCUUACGUAUUCCGCAUGACAAACUGCGUUUUUGCAUGACAGGUAAGAGGGCCUUUUCGUGCCUAUGCAACACAGAUUCUCGAGUCAUGCCAGACACCCAUGACAAACUUGCAUUCUUGCAGACCCAGACAUUUUUACAGUUGAUAUCGGGUGGGAAAAAUUAAUCAAGGAUCCGGAUAGCAACAAGGAAGACCGGCCCGGUCCAAGCCCCAAACCCGCGCCAGACAAUAAAAGCAAACCCGGGCCGAAGCAAGGCGUUGUCAUCGCGAACCAGGUAAUAUCAUGAUGACUGGACAACUUCUUGCUGGAAUGACCUCCUACAGGGUUGUUCAUGAUGUCGUUUGAGUGUGAUCGAAGUAAACCUGCUCCCAAGUAGAAAACCAUACUUAGAAGUUCAUGUCGUAUCCUCCACCACUUAGAAGUUACUCAUACAUGUCGUGUCCUCCACCAGUAGUUCUAGUUCGUGAUAUAGGAAGCUUCGUGCGUAAAAAGCCGAUGCACUUGUUGGCAUACGAGACAGCUGUCGGGCACCUCCCGCUUCGCAGACACUCUCAUGCGCAAACAAUAGCGAUCGCACUUACGUUUUCUGGGCUUUUAAUGAAAUAAAUCAAACCCUCGUCCUUGAUUAUCAGGUACUGGUUGCCUCUGAUCGCGAUUUCACGUCCAUGGUAAAGCGUGUCGCGAUUGAUGCAUUAGAGGAAGAAGCUAUCCAAACGAAAAACGCUAGUACUAUCACCACCGACUGUAGAAGCCAAUUUUUUAUCUGGCUGCUUGAAUGAAGAUGAAAUUCCAAUCUGUGCAUGGGUGCAGAGGGAGUAGAAGAAGAACCUUUUCGAAUUGUUUUAUGCGUCUCCUCCUCAAUUUAAUCCUGUCUGUGAUCCGAAGUGAUAGCAUGAAGAGUGAUAGCAUGAUUUUUUUGUUUUCAUAGAAGCACGGAAGCUGCACAACAACAGCAGGCGCGGGAUGAUAGACACCGGGAAGAGUAGCACGCCCCUCGCUGAUAUGCAAUUUACAAAUUUUGUUCUAUACACAAUGAAGUACUACAUGCAUGCAUCACAAAUUUUGCUCCCAAGAACAAUUUCUUGUUGAAGUAUGCCGCUUGCGAUUCGGAAGCUGAACAGGAUUGUGCGAUGCAAGUUGUGUCAUGCAGAGACCGUAGUUUUUGUUUUUCUUUUUCAUCAUCUAUGUGUGCGGAACAGCCAUCCUCCUGUAUAACUGACUCCAUAUUGGACCGACUUCUGCAAUAUGAAAUGCAAAAAUGUCUGGGUCUAGAAGAGUGCGCGACUUGCCAUGCAGCUUUUCCAUGACCCAUGAGGUCUGGAAUGCAGGACCUAGCAUGACAGAUUCUGCGCGAUCUCUCUCAUGCCUAUCCUGCAUGAGAAACUCCCUCCCGACUUGGUCAAAACUGGACGACUUUUGGUAGUCAUGCAACACAGAUUUUUGCAUGCUUCAGAUUUAGCAUGACAAGUUGCAUUCUUCCAGACCCAGACAUUUUUACAUUUGAUAUGCAACCUAUGACGUGGCAGCCUCCAGCCGGGGACAACUUUGCCAUCGCGCCGGGGGAGUGUAUAUGCACUGCAAAAGUAUCGUAUUCGUACCAAUUACAGUUUUGCAUCACAAAUUUUUUUUCCAAGCUACAUCAGCAUGACGAAUUCCAUUUCUCAUGCUGAGCCAAUUUGUAUUGCAAUAGCAAUACUACGAGUACGAUACUUUUGCAGUGCAUAGUGUCUGCAGUUAUGCGACGAAGUUUUUAAGGUGUUUAAAUCGGAGUCCAUGCUGUUAGAACUACGAACGUAUCCUGUGCAAAAGUAAUAUGAUCAUAGUGGUAAGUACAAAAACAAAUUGCAAUCCUGCAAAUGUAAAAUUCUAAAGAAUAUCAAAUGUUUGAGGUUCGAUCGAUGAGGUUCGAUAGAGUUGUAGGAGGAUGAUGAAACUUCGUCGAUUCAUGUUGGCGUAUCGUGGUUACCUGCGUUAGCGCCUGUGGUUCGAUUGGCUAAGGACAACAAAAACUGAACACAACAGAUAUUAACAUCCAGGGGCAAAUGAAGGGAUGUGGUAUAGCAGUUUCUCGACGCAUUGAUAAAAUACCUCCCCGGAUGCCCCUGGAUGACUCAAUUCAUUUCUCAAUCAAAAAAUAGCACCCUGCUUCGAUUUUUUCCCCCCGUAUACGAUAGCAGUCACUUUUCUGUAUUUUCUUUCUAAGAGCAGUAGUUUCGUAUAUCCCUCUGUAAGUACUUCAUAGUGAGUGCUAUAUCGGCGGAAGGUUGGGGAUUCCGGCUCUGCCGUUGGCAUGUUUUUGAAUUCAUAAGAUUUUUCCUCUUCUUUGCAAUUGGUAGCGAGGGGCUUCAAGGGGGUGGAAAGUGACGGACGAACCUUGAGAAUUUCAAUGUCAAGGGUGAAGAGAAGAAACAUCUUAUGCCCCUUCUCUUCGGAAGAUAUAGAUGUCGCACUUUGAUAAGAAAGCAGAGGAUGACCCCUAGUUCCGAUAAUUCCGCUACCAUGGACAUUAUUUGUUGAAAAGCAGUCACGUGUCUUCAAUUUGCAGGUGCCUUGCGCGCGACCUCUAGAGAUAAUUUCCGUCUCCUCUAAUCAGAUUUUGUCUCUGAAGAGGGCAGAAAGAAGACUAGCUACGCUGACGAGAGAUCCUAACUCGUCAUGAUUGCUCUUUCCAAAAAUGUCCGCCACUGUCGUUCCUUGCUGAUGAUCAUGCCUUCCAAUCCCCUUUUUUUAUUCAACGAAAAGCUUUGUUUUGGGCUAGUCAGCUUGGGCGACAGGGCACAAGGAGACAGGUACAGUGACACAGCCGCCAAGACAUAGCAGAGGCUAAUGGAGUCGAAGACAAAAUCAGUCUCUUGGGUGCCCGCUUUCUUCGCGUAGCAAGAUCGUGCGCACCCUGGCUGUGUCUUCCCAAGCGUGACGGGGUGGAGCGAUUACGUACCUACGAGGAUGAGGAGCCUCGGCUUGCUAAAACAUCAUUGCGGAUGGCCCCGCAUUGAUGUCGGACAAGUCCCGAAGACGCAUGCUGAUCACAUUGAACCGCGGUGGAGGAGGAGAUGAGCAGAGACCUAUCUUAAUCCUCCUUGAACACUAGGAUCUGCACUACUUCUCUUUGCUUAUGGUUUAUAGUUGAUCUCAUACAAAAAAAAAUUGCAAUCCUGCAUGAAGUAGACAGAUCUUCUCUGUUGCGUGAUUCUAUAAUUUACAUUUUGACAACAUGCUAUUCCAUGUUUUCUUCGUAGUUGAAAAAGAUCUGCGACGCAAUUUAUUACCACCAGUAUGUUGAUAUUACUUUUCGCAUGGAUAGAACGCCGAUAAAAAUCUACGGCGACGUGCACGGUCAAUUUGGAGACCUGAUGCGCCUGUUCGCAAGGUACCAAAGUGUUAAUAUCUUCCACGUAGUUUAACUUUGAUAUUUUGUCGUACUUGUGGCGCAUGCAUGGCAGAGGACAUCAUUUCUAAUAUUGCACGAAACGCAUAGGAGGUUUAUGCCUGGACGAAUGAUCGCUUUCGCUUGUCAGGUACAAAGGUCCAAUGGACGGGGAUCUGGGCGACAUAGACGCGGUGGAUUACCUUUUCCUCGGCGACUUUGUCGACAGAGGAAGCUAUUCUCUGGAAGUCGUGGUUCUGCUCUUCGCGUUGAAAGUGAAAUACCCGGGGCAGGUACACAUGAUCCGCGGCAACCACGAGGACCCAACCAUCAACGCCAUCUAUGGUUUUCGAGAAGAGUGCAAGAGAAGAUUGCGGGAAGACCCGGACUCGCCUUCGAGCUGCUGGAUGAAGUUCAACUCCGUCUUCGAGUUUCUUCCCAUGGGCGCACUGAUUGAAAAGAGAAUAUUCUGCAUUUAUGCUGGGGAGAAGGUGGUUGGCAUCAGCUAUCGUUGAUUUUUUUUUGUCAAAAAAUGUUGAGGUGGAACCUCUAUCUCAUGAUAUUACAGGAUGAGCAUAAGCUAUCGACUGGGAUUUUUUGACAUGCAUCUUUACAUACAAAUCAGAAUCUAGUAGAAGUUAGUUGCAUUAACCGCUGGCUGGAACAGGAUGAAGAUGCGCUUCGACGCCGACGGCGUCCGAUUGGCUGGACCCAGGAGAAGAUGAACCGAUUGGCUGGACCCAGUCUAGUUUGACUGUGGGGCCGAUGUAGGUUUGGCAUGGUAACGGCCGUAGGCGGCAGGGCGACGGCUGGACCUGGUCGUGAUGAGAUGACCAGGGGCCGGGAUCGCGGAAACUCUCUUGAAGUUAGGGUUAGGCUAGGCAGCUCUGCUUCCCGGAGCAGGACAUCAGGGCCCGUGGGGCAAGGCAAGGACCGUAUGCGCGGAAGGUCUCGGAGGCUGGCACACGAUUAUCAGUUUUCACUUAUUUUCCUUCUACUUUUUAUCUUCACUAGCCCGGGACGGGGAGGGCGCUGGCAUUGGUGUAGGGAUAGGCACAGCUAUGGUCAUGGAUGGUGGUGCGACGACUGGACCUGGUCCCGGUGGGGGGACUGGGGGUCGGGUUCGCUCAAAUUCUCUGAUGGAAAGUCUAGGCGGCUCAACUUCGCGGAGCAGGGCGUCAGGGUUCAGGGACUAGGCAUGGCUGCUCACACGGUCACAGGUGCAGGGUCUCCUGUCCGCGGCAAGGGUGCUCUCUGAUUGCCUUCGAGGUUACUCUUACUAGGAGUCGGGGAUAUGAAUUUUAUGGCGGAGGUCGCGUACUUUAUCGCUGGGCUUUCUCGUGCUACAUUCUGUGUGAGGCCACUUGGUCCCUGGGGGGUGCUCUUGGGCCUAGACGGUUAUGUCCAUGGGUUUUAGGGAUGUUGCCCGCCUCUGCGCGGCGAUUGGCGGUGGUCGAGGGCUCGUAGGUCGGUCCUCCGGUCCCUCUUUGGUUUGCCCGAAUUCAUCUUGUCAGUUCCCUUCCCUGGGUUCUUCGGGCCGCCUGCGUUGCGGCGUGUGGGGAGGGGCCUUGAGGCAUCCUUGCAGGCUGUCUCUACGGUGAGGGACCGAGACGCCCUUGCCCUCUCUCCUCCGAUCACGCCAUAGGGCGCGUCGGGUUGAUGGUUCAGAUUGAUAGGACGAUAGGAACGAAGCGAAAUGCGCUAACCGCUGCCUUGAACAGGAUGAAGAUGCGCUUCGACGUUUUAUUUUUUGCAACCAGUAUCGAUAAAUUGACCCUGAACCACUUCUCCAUCCUUGCAUACCCACCACGGCGGUAUCGGCGGAAGUAUUCAAACUUUCCGCGAUGUUGAAGGGCUCAAGCGACCGCUGCAGGUCGCACAAAUACCACAGGUACAGUUUUAUUUACAACUGGGAUUUUUAUAGCAGUUGCUGCGGUAGGGUUAGACAUGAAGAUGCUAUUGAUUUUUGUGCAUGUGCAAUGCGAAUUCCCCUGCAUAACAAGCGUGUUGUUCCUUCCGAGCUGUCUCUCUUGAUUCAAAAAAAACCGCAAUCCUCAGACGGAAUCCGAGCAGCGAGUGACCGACCUGCUUUGGUCAGACCCGUCGGAUUCGGAUGCAGUCAAGGGCGUAACCUAUCCCACAGAAAAGUGCUAGCACUUCACACUUGUAUGCAUAGAUUGAAUGUUAAAGCAAUCACAUAGCACGCCCAUAGCACUCUGCUGCAGGUAUGCAGCGCAGAUGUUUCAUUUGUGUAUUUUGUCUGCAUAGACAAAUUUGAUGUGCCAGCUUUUUUCUGUGUGAUAUUCCCACCAAUGAAACCAGGGACCCGGACGGAACGGGGAGAAUAUUCAAAUUCGGGCCCGUAUGGAUGUGUCGGGAUUGAAAUCGACAAAGUUGAGAUUACUUGUAAUGCACAAAAUGGAUGAAAGUUGUAGCCCAGUUUUCAAGUGGCGCAUGACAAAUUUGGGUAGAGCCGAAAUCCAGUUUGUCAUGCUGUUUGGGUAAGGAGGGCGCCUUCUGUCGUGCUACUUUAGCAGCUCAGCUUCUACCCCUCAGCAGGCUUACAAUCUGCCUCACUUGCCUACUCUGCAAGAGAGGCACUCUGUGGGCUGCACUUUAUGCAUGACAAACUAUUUUCAACUUUGACGAUUUCAAUCCUGACAGUCCCAUACCCCGACCGGGUGAACGAGUUUUGUCAGAAAAAUGCGCCUACGGAUUGUAAAAAUGUCUGGGUCUGGAAGAAUGCAUGUUUGUCAUGCUUGUCUGGCAUGAAUCUUAAAUAUGUCACGCACGUUGCCCAAGAGCCGCAUUUUUCUGUCAUGCGGAGACGCAAUUUGUCAUGCAGAAUAGGCAACACCUACAAGUUCAGAAUUUUUUCAUGCUGAGCCAGCACUUGUGGCCUCCUCAUGAUACGCCACUCAGCGUCACAAGUUUCCAGACCCAGACAUUUUUGCAUUUCAUAGCACCGUGUUCUCUGAUAGUGCGGGCGCACGAGUGUGUCAUGGACGGAUUCGAGCGAUUCGCCGGCGGCAAGCUGAUCACGUUGUUCAGGUAGAAAAUGAUUGUAUAAAUUUUGACUUUAUUUCAUGCGUGACAACCUUGAGCAUGAGCUACACCUACAAAUCAAAUGCAUCUGCAUGACAGAUCAUGCUGAAAUUAGUAUAAAGGUAAAGGACGCAGACGCACUCGUUGCAACAGUACUGCAGAUGAAAAGAAAAGAAACUUUGACGUUUACAACAAAAAAAAACCAUCACAGCGCCACGGACUAUUGCGGGCAUCACAAAAAUGCUGGCGCGCUCUUGUUCGUGCGACGUGACUUGACCAUUGUGCCAAAAUUAUGCUGUGCAAAAGCGUCCCCACUCCAGAGGUGUCAUGCAAAUAACCCCCAGUGUUGAAUAUUUUACUGCAAGAAGCAAGAAGCCCCACUCCCCCAGUGUUGAAUAUUUUACUGCAAUCCCCACUCCCCCAGUGUCAUGCAAGCCUGCAAGAAGCCCAGUGUUGAAUAUUUUACCUGCGCACCCCGAUGAGGACUAUUUUAUAUCGAUGCCAGGGCGUUUUUGAUGGUGAUAUCAGGAGUCAGGAUAAGAUAGUCAAUUUGUGAUGCGGUUUCAAUACCUCAAACACCACUACUACACUACGAGCCCAAAGAACUUCUCAUGCGCAACAGCCAAAACUAGUUGAUUUGUCGUGUACGUAGCAAGAGUGUCGCCAACAUCUUGACUCUGGGGCGGGGGCGUUUUUGCACACGAUAGAAAUUGAUCUACCCCGCCGACGCCAAAAACUCACCUGCUGACAAAAACUGGGAUUCUAAUGUCACGAUGAAUCGACCGCCCACGCCGCCAAGAAAUGUGCCAAGGGCCCGAAGAACCGAGGGCAUGGGCGAUUGGUGACGAACAGGCUUCGUCUUGCAGCUUCUCGUGCUGGACAAACAGAUUCCUUCCAUUUUUCAGGGGACGCUGAAAAGGAAAAUAAAACACGAUGGCCACAUUUUACUCAUUUCACACUAUAUAAAAUUCCAAGAACUAGAACAAUAUAAUAUCAAUAUUACACUAUCUCGCUAAAAAAUCGGAACACACACACCAAAAAUCCGUUUUGCAAAGUGACUCGUUUCUUUUUAUGAUUUUGCAACAACAAAAAGUGAAAAGACGAUGCUUGGUUGAUGUCCUUGCCAUGAGCCUAUAAGGGUUUCUGCUUUGGUAUGGCCUUCUCAAAUGUUACAUUCUCAGCUGUUACAUGAAUUUGUGAUGCAAAAUUACAAGCAGAGUCGACGCGAUCAAGCUGCUUCGCAUGGCAAAUUCUAGGAAAGCCAAAUAGGGUGAGAAUCUGUGGCAAAUCUGUGAUGUGAGACGUGCAAGGUCACCCCUUUCACUUUUGCCCUCCUUGCAUCACAAACUCAUGUAACAGUUGGGAAUGUAAAAGUUGAGAGCGCCAUAUUUGGUCCUCACCAGCACUCGUUUGUUUCCGUACGAAAAAGAAUAGCUUUUGUCAAAGAGAAAAGACCGUGCAUUGCGUUUUUGUCAAGAUGUAUACACCCGUACAGGAACAGGUUCCUAUUUUUUUGAAAGAAUAGCACCCUGGUGCAUGCAUUUGUGAAUAUUAAAUCCUGUGGCGUGUUACACACCACAGGAAACUACACUGUAGUUUCCACGGCUGUCUCAGGAAGAGUUGGCGAGACCGUGGCUUCUGGGGAGAAGCUAGUACUUGGAGCGCAACAAGCUACAGUUUUGUUUUUCAAAUCUUUCAAAAAGAUGUUGUACUAUGUAGAAAAUUGCACCACGAUGAUCUUCAC